GUGCUGAUUGUGAAACCGUACAAAGACAAGAUCUGAACAAAGUAAGUAUCGAGCUCAUUUCGCCAUGCAUCGAAAAAGCUGAUGCAUUCAAAUUUGCACGGUAAUUUACGGGUCUAGUAAUUUGUUUUGAGGUUGACUGAUUGACGCGUGCUGAUGUUAAUUAUUUUUAUUGUAAUGAGUACACCGAGACGUAAUGCCGCAUUUGCUCUGGGGACUUCGUUAAAAAUGUUUGUGCUAAUCUUAGUCCUUUUCGUGUAUGACUCCAUCUGUGAGCCACAGUCAUGCAACGAUUACUGCACUCAACUACUAUCCGGUCAAAUUGGAGCCACUUGGAAUUUCGUGUGCAAUUGUAACUCUCAAAAUGAAAAUAAAGAAACUAAUAAAACGAAACGAAAUAUAGAUAACAGUGCAAUAUAUUAUGAGCCCCUAGAAUAUAACUCUACAUCAAACGAGUUACACAAUAUAAAUCAAUCAUUUGUCAUUUUAAAUCCAACUUCCUAUAAUAGAAAUAUUUCGAAUCUUAAAUCGGAAAUUCACGAAAAACACAAGGCUGGCAAUGAUCUUAUUAAUGUAUCUGAUAACAUUGUGGAAAAUCAACCCUUCUAUUUAGACAUAGACAUCAAAGAGAGUCCUGAACCAGGAAGAUCUUCUCAAAAUUAUAACGAUAUCGAUAAUUUGCAGUUAACUGAACGAAAUCUGAAAGAUUGUAUAGAUCUUCACAUGAUGAUAUAUUUUAGAAGAAACGGUAGUAAUGAAAUAAAGAAAAUUGUAGAUGAAGACAAUAUUAAGAAAUAUUUUCAUAUUUCGGAUGCUAAUUUGAUGAUGGAACUCAAUAGUAAAUGUCAUCUUCCGUCUAAGGUUCUUGAGCAAAGUUUACUCCAAAUAGAAGAUAUACUUAAAUCAAAUGAAUAUCCUCAAUUUUCUGGAACAGACGAUUAUACAACGAGCCAUUCAAUUAAGGUAAAUUCAAAGGAUGCUCUUAUUAGUAAUGACGAUAAUGAUGACUCAUCAGUUUCCAGUUCAUAUGAAAUGUCUACAAAACUACCUGUGAUUGACUUUUCUAGAAAUACUGGUAAAAGUAAAAACCCUGACACAUCUUUGAAACAUAGUUAUCAUAAUAAACUUGAUUGGGAUUCCGAUUUUAGGAAAGGCAUACCUGAAAAGAUACUGAUAAGAACAGCUAACAAAAACAAUUCUUAUUACACGACAGUAACUAAGCAAUCGGAAUUGAACCAGAACCUUACAAUGUCACUUACAACAAUAAGUGGCAGUACAGGAAAGGAAAAUCAAAUUGCUAUUCACGAUUCAAAUAAUCAUAACAUAAAAAACAAAUUCAAAGAUAUUUCGUCAAAUGACACGAACUCGCAAUAUAUGAGUAUAAACAAUAUUAAAAAUAGGGAUCCAAUGCCUGAAAAUUUUAAAUUUAAAGAGACGGCAAAUCUUGAAAAUAUUAGUAGUAACAUGAAAGAUUUUUCGAUAGUGACAUCUACGAUUAUUAUUCCUGCUGAAGAUGAAAUUGAUAAAAUCAGGGAAAUAAAACUGAAUUAUGAUAUCGAUACCACAACACAAAAUGCAAUCAUUGAGGACAAGUCGACAAACGUUAUUUAUAAUAACGGAAACGCAAUGAAAUAUUAUAAUAGUGGCAGCAGUUACACAAUAAAAGGGUUAAAUUCUAAACAAAAUAGCAGCCUUGGCCAAAGCUUAAAAAAUUUGCCAUAUCGGAACAUCAAUAAAAGUGAAAAACGUUUUGAUUUGGCAUUCACAACAGAAGCCGAUCAAACAACAAUUUUUUUUGAGGAUAAAAGCGAUUUAGAUAUCAGUCAUAGCAUGCUCCAAUUAGCUGUUCCCUUAUUAGAAAGCAACAAAUCAAUUGGUUUCACUUAUUUAAACCGUACAACAGCGCCUGAAAAUGAAAUAAAAUUAUCCAAAAUAGUUGUUACGGAAUAUUCAAAUGAUACAGUUGUCAGUAUUAUUGACGGCAUUGAAAAUCUAAGUAAAAGCGAGUUCAAUACAAAAAAAAAUGAUAAAGUGGCACACCAAAAUAAUAGUGAUGGCGAAGAUAUUAAAAUAUCCGGGAAUCUUUAUUUUAAGUCUAAGAAAUUACUUAUACCGAUGCGUUUUAUUCAGGCACCCGAUGGAAGAGUUGAUUUAACAUUCGAUGGGAGUUCUUUUUGUGAAAACUUAAUUAGGAAUAAAAGAUCCAAUGGUAUUAUUACUAUGUUAUGUAAUUAUACAGUUAAUGAAUGUAAUAAAGCCAUUAACAAAUAAUAAAACACUCAUCUUGCUGCUAUUUUAUUCGUUGGUAUAGUGCUACCCAACCCACAGUUUUUGAUGUUAAGUAAUAGUUCUAUAACAGACCAUUUAAAAAUGUACCUGUAUAACAACUUAUAUGUAAACCGAAUGUCAUUAAA